ACUCUGCAAACUUUUGGACCUGAUCAUCACUGUUUUACAUUUCACAAUGGAGGAGACCUAUGUCAGGCAUGUGGAAUUGCUGGGCUUUGAGAAACGCUUCUUUCCCAGCCAGCACUAUGUCUACAUGCUGAUGGUGAAAUGGAACAAUCUGUCUGAGAAGUUGAUCUAUAGAGGGUAUCCGGAGAUUCACACUUUUCACAAAUCCCUGAAGGAGAUGUUCCCCAUUGAAGCCGGAGACAUUGAUAAGAAAGACAGGAUCAUCCCAAGAUUACCAGCGCCAAAGUGGUUGGACAACCAAAAGAGUACCGAGACCAGGCAGAGCACUCUGGCUGAAUACUGCCAUUCUCUCAUCAACCUGCCCCCCAAGAUCUCUCGUUGCCAGCUGGUAUGCAGCUUCUUCAAGGUCCGGCCAGAAGACGAGAACCCACCUGCUCAACACCCUUUCAAAAGAAAUGAGACUUUUGUAAUGAAGGACCAGGCCAGAGGCAACACCUCAGAUAUCUCCGCCCCCAUCAUAUUGGACAGUUACAGAGUGAUUGCUGAUUACCGCAAGACCUCCAAGUAUGAGAUUGACCUGUGUACUGGAGACCUUGUGGAGAUUGUGGAGAAAAAGCCAAACGGUUGGUGGUUCUGCCAGUGUGAACCCAAGCGGGGCUGGGCUCCAGCCUCCUACCUGGAGCCUCUGGAUGGACCUGAGGAGUCUGAAGAAGCUGAUCCUGACUAUGCAGGGGAACUCUACAUCACUACUAAAGCCUACAGUGCAGCACUAGACGAUGAGCUGACUCUUGAGGAAGGUGAAACUAUUGAAGUCAUUCACAAGCUCCUGGAUGGUUGGUGGGUGGUCAGGAAAGGAGAAGAGACGGGACAUUUCCCCUCCAUGUUUCUCAACAGAACUGGAGAGAAGAAGCAGAUGGAGCCAGAAGAGGAUGUGAUGAGAAGACAGGCACCCCCACCCCGAAGGUCUACAAUCCGAAAUGCUCAAAGUAUUCAUGGCAAAGGACGGCAGCGCAUCAGCCAGGACACGUACCGCAGGAACAGUCGCCGCUUCCUUCAGCAGAAGGGCAGCCGUCCCAGGAUGAACUCCAAGGCCUCCACACAGUCCCCCCUGCAAGAGAGGAGGAAUAGAGACAAUAUCCCUGAGCCAGCAGACUUAAGUCAGGGUGGGGAACUGAACAAAGAGAUUCCCCUCGUCCCCCCUCGACCCAGUCCUGAACUCAUCAUGGAACGCUGCACAGAGAACACCCGCAAGAAAGUCAGCAUCCGCAAGUCAAGCUGAACUGUGCUUUAAGCUUUAAAAUGUUUGGAUCUGGUUCUGUGUCCGCAAUUCAAAAAAUUAUGCUCAAUGCAAGCUGAACUGUAGAUAAAGCCAAACAUACAGUAAGUGCCAUUAGCUAGGUUUUCAUCCAACUGACAAAAAGCUUUCAUGAAAAUAUUCUAAAACCUGCAUGAAGAAACUAUGUAUUUCCCAAACUGAAUUGUUGGGCCUUAAAAGCAGUGUGCGAUGCAUUGCACGUGAAAGGUAAUUUUCACAUUAAGGCAAUUUUCAUGACAUUGUCUAUUAAGUCAGUGUGUUUAUGAUAUAGUAAUAUAAAACAAAUCUAUUUCUUAUAAUCUGGCUGACCCAUUUACCCAGAUUAAUGGUCAUUGAUUUAUAAUAAUCAGAUCAGAUUGGGAUGACAUGAUCUGGACCAAACGCACAUGCCCACUCUGGUCUUCACACUUUCAGUUUAGCCAACAGCUUAACCGAAACAGGAAGUCAUGUGUGUUAAACCUUGUGAUUGGUUAUCAGAGACACAGGCUCACAGAGAGCUGUGGGAAGCCCAGCAUGGUGGACCCUGCCAGGAAAUAUCUUUGUGGCCCAGAGUACAGAAACCUUUUUGCCUUUAGGGGCCCAUGUGAAUCUUAUUUGCUGGGAAGAAGCAUUAACUCCCCUAUUCCACCAUCCUAGGAAGUUAGUCAAAUUUCAUUUGUAGCCUAAUAAUUUGAAUGCUUUCCCGAGUCAUAAUAGGGGGAUCACACAACAUAAGUUUACUUAUGGUUUACUAAUGGUUUACUUUUAAUGAUUAUAACAGAAUAUUAACAUUUGGCGCUCACAUAAUUAUUUUUGGGGGAAAAAAACAUAUUUUGUUUAAUCGAUAUUUAGAAAAUGUACAGACAGGUUACCAUCAAGCCUAUUGUGACAUUUUUAUUCAGAUGUGUACUUACAUGAAAAGGUUAGAUGGAAAACCUGGUUAUAGAAAGCAUCUUCCGUUUUGUUAUGUAUGUUACUACUAAGAAAUAGCUACCUGCAUCAGAACAGCAAAGAACAAUUGGGAAAUAUUAAUGUUCUAAUUAAUUAUGUAUUUAACCCCUUAGAUUGCUAAUGCUAUGUAUUGGCCUGUGACAGGCUUUGAAGACACCAUUUGGCCAUUUUGGCACUCCAGUAGCAGCAGUCCCACAUAUUAACAAAUACAUUAUAAAUUACAUAUUGCAAAGAUAAAAUAAAUGUUAUUUCAGCUGGAACUUUAAGGAAAUGUUUUAAUAUAUUUUUUAUUUUUUAAUUUAAAUAAUUUGGGCAAAAACUAAAGAAAAUGUCUUUAGACAUUAUCUAUAAUAUUUCUAUAGAAUCCAAAAUGAUUUUGCUAUGGAGGAUGUUAUGCAGUGUCUCCAAUACAGCACCCCCAAUCUGUAAUCAAGGGUUUAUAUAUAUCAUCAACAUUAUAUUACUGCAUUUAAGUGUUCCUUUUCUCACUGUUACUUUUGUGAUGCAAUGUAAAAAAAUAUAGAAAUAAUUUAAAAAGCUAUAUACAGUACCAGUCAGGAGAUUGGACAUACCCAUUGGGUACGUUUCCAGACUUUUGACUGCAGAGACAAUGGACACUUAAAUGCAGUAAUACAAUGCACUUGAAUGUGUCCAAACAUUUGGCCUGUUACUGUAUAUUUUUUUUACUUCUGUGUGUUCAGUUGUGUUAGUGCAGUAUGUGCCUUAAAACAUAAGCUAGUUAUUUAUUGUAAUUAAGCUAUUUAUGACCUGCAAAAUAAAGAUUUUGACCGUG